AUGUCGAAUGACCAUUAUUUUUCCGUGUCUUCUUAUUACAAGGCUUUAUGCAAGACUCAUAUUCCAUUAGAUCCGGCAAAUCGCUUUGAUCUAGCUUUUUCUCUUAUGUGGAAGAUUGAUGUCCCCUUGAAGGUUCGUGCUUUCCGUUGGCGUUGUUUUUGGAAUAGGAUUCCAACUAAGGAUUUGCUCAAUCAUAGAGGUAUUCUUCCUCCUUCUACCAAUCUCCUUUGCGCUUUUUGCAAUGUUCUUCCCGAAUUUUCUUGUCACUCUCUUUUGGAUUGUCAAAAAGUUGUUGGAGUUUGGAAGGAAAUCGCCGGAUGGUUGGGUUUGCCUCAUGUUGUUAAUGUGGGUUUCAAAGAAUGCUUUCUUUCAUGGCGUAAUUCAUGUCUCUUCUUGAAAUUCAAAGGAGGGGAGGAGGGGUGUGCUUGGCUAGCCGUUUUAUGGUCUCUUUGGAUUUGUAGGAAUGAUAUUUUUUUCAAGGAGGGUGAGUGGAAUGCUAGAGAUGUUUCAUGGAAUUGCAAAGUGUAG